CGAUGUUUAAAACAAAAGUCAAAUACCGCUUUUCAAAAACUAAGAGCAAGGAGAAGUCAGACGGGACAACACCAAGGAAGAUGUUGACUCCCGAGACCGCGCGGUCCUCCGCGCCCUGCGCAGCUCCGCCCGGCCACGCCCCCUCCACCUGGGCACCGCCUGGACCACGCCCCCGGCGCCCCGCCCCGCGCCCGGCGCGCUGACGUCACGCCCCAGGUACUUUCCCCGCGGCCGGCCGGGUCGGCGUGGGGGCGGGGCAGGUGUGGAGAACGCAUGCGCCGCGGCGGCAGCGCGCUGCCCGGAUCGAGCGGGGCCCAAGCGUCUCCGCCGGCGCAGGCUCCCUCGCGCCAGCCCGCUCCCGCCGCCAUGUCGGCCACCAUUGAGCGGGAGUUUGAGGAGUUGGACUCUCAGAACCGCUGGCAGCAGCUGUACCUGGAAAUUCGCAGUGAGUCCCGUGACUACCCUCACAGAGUGGCCAAGUUGCCGGAGAACAGAAAUCGGAACAGAUACAGAGACGUGAGCCCAUACGACCACAGCCGAGUCAAACUGCAGAACGCUGAGAACGAUUACAUUAACGCCAGCUUCGUGGACAUAGCAGAGGCCCAGAGGAUGUACAUCCUCACGCAGGGUCCUCUUCCUAACACAGGCUGUCAUUUCUGGCUCAUGGUUUGGCAGCAGAAGACCAAAGCAGUUGUCAUGCUAAACCGGAUUGUGGAGAAGGAGUCGGUUAAAUGUGCACAGUACUGGCCAACAAAAGACGACCAGGAGAUGCUGUUUAAGGAAACAGGAUUCAGCGUGAAGUUCUUGUCAGAAGAUGUGAAGUCCUACUACACAGUUCACCUUCUGCAGUUAGGAAAUACCAAUAGUGGUGAAACCAGAACAAUAUCUCACUUUCAUUAUACUACCUGGCCAGAUUUCGGAGUCCCUGAAUCACCAGCUUCGUUUCUCAAUUUCUUAUUUAAAGUGCGAGAGUCUGGCUCCUUGAACCCGGAACACGGGCCUGCGGUGAUCCACUGUAGUGCCGGCAUCGGGCGGUCAGGCACCUUUUCUCUGGUGGACACCUGCCUGGUUCUGAUGGAAAAAGGAGAUGAUAUUAACAUUAAACAGCUGUUACUGAAUAUGAGAAAAUACCGAAUGGGACUGAUUCAGACACCAGAUCAGCUCAGAUUCUCAUACAUGACUAUAAUAGAAGGAGCAAAGCUUCUAAAAGGAGACUCAAAUAUACAGAAACGGUGGAAAGAACUUUCGAAGGAAGACUUGUGUCCUGUUUUCGAUCAUUCGCCAACCAAAGUGAUGACUGAGAAGUAUAAUGGGAACAGGGUAGGCCUGGAAGAAGGAAAGCUGGCCGGUGACGGACACACAGGGCUGUCCUCCAAAGUUCAGGACGCCCUGGAGGAGGACAGCACGAGUGCCCUGCGGAAGCGCCUGCGAGAGGACAGAAAAGCCAGCACAGCGCAGAAGGUGCAGCAGAUGAAGCAGAGGCUGAGCGAGACUGAGCGGAAAAGGAAAAGGCUUUGGCGCUGGUGGUGUUGCGUGCGUCCCGAGGGUCUGUCUGUUAGGACCCCUCAGCACCCCCGAGGGCGUGGUAGGCUAGACACCCCCAGGAAGCGGGGUGCCCAGUCCUGCCGCACCCGGGGCGCCGCCCACGCUGCACCACUGCCGAAAGUAAGGACUUGAGUGCUUGCUAGCAACUGGUACUUUUCACCUGUAUUCGUACAUGUUAAAGCAUAAUGUUUCACCUGACCAGACUAAGGAAUCCUUUAUCACAAGGAGGUGGUUUUGGAGGCUGUCUGGAUUUUAACCUGCACUUGAUAUAAGCAAUAAAUACCAUGGUCUUACCUACAUUAUUACUGGAAAGAAAAUGGCCUUUAAGUGAUGCGUGUAAUGUGUCAUGUACUCUCGGUGUAGGUGUCAGCAUUUUAUAUUCCUGACCAUUUCAGGGUAGAUACAUUUUAUAAGUACCUAUUUAGUCUUACUUUUGUAGUUAAAUGUACUUUUUAAAAGCUCAAUUUGAAAAAUCUGUUACCAUAAAAAAAUAAAUAAAUUGUAUGUUGAUUCUAUUGUACUGGGUACAUUUUCCUAAAGAGAAGUUUGACAUGAGUAGUUAGAACUCUGAAUAAGCAAUUUUUACUAUAUAUUUGCAUUUCUUUUAUGUUUUACAGUUUUCCCAAUUUUAAAAAGAAAAACAAAGAAACAAAAAUUUUCUCUAAAAUAUCUUUGAAGGAAGGUUCUCCUAACUGGCAUAGUCAGGUAACAGUUGGUCGAGACUUUGUAAAAAAAAAAACAAAAAAAAAACUGAUUUCUGUAAAGUCCAUUAUUAAUACUGUUUAUUUUUCAUGAGACUGUCGAUGUAAUUACCCUAAUUUAUAGUUGGGAUAAAUUAUGAUUUAGGAAAUAAAAAUAAGGAGCAGCAUUUUAUUACCCGUGAUUUCAGUUUACUAGACUGAAGUUCUGAAGUAAAAAUUUUUUCAAGGUUUUUCUACUUCAAUAAAUAGUGCAAUGAUGUUCAAACCUCACACUGUCCCUUUUAACUUCUUAACAGGUCUUUUGAAGGCAUGUUGUUUCAUGAAUUUAGCUGCCCCUCUGAGUGCCGCCUUUCUCCAGACCCUAACGUGCCUCUCAGUGUUUACUUGCUUUACUUGAACUUUAAAUAGUUGUUGUACAUUGAAUUGCUGAAAUACUGAAGUCACAUUGUUUUGGUGGUUUUCAAGCCUUGCCUGUUGGCUCUGUAAGGGGUCACCAGGAGGUGGUAGGGGGACCCGAGCUGCCAGCCUUUGCCUCCAAGCAGUCGUCCCUGCUCUGCUUUAUGUGCUGUGUGAGCUUUGCAUGAAGUUUGGUGAAUUUACGGGGCCGUUUUGUCAUGU